AAUAAAAGAGAAAAUAAUCCUACCACCCAUUCAAGCUUUUAACUUUUAUUAUCCAAUCUAUGGCCAAUGCAUUAAAAAUAUCUCCAUUUCUCAAAAACCUCACCUUUUCAUCACUCUGCAGAACCCUACAGUCCGCCAUAUCCACAUCUCCUAACCCCUCAAUUACUUCCAUGGAAGUAGAAGUCAAGCUACGUUUACCAGACGCUGUCACUCACCAACGUGUCUCCUCAAUUCUCUCACCUUACCACCUCAAAACUCACGCCCAAGAGAACAUCUUCUUUGACGGAGCCAACUCCGAACUCUCCUCCAAACUCGCCGUUCUCCGCCUCCGAUUCUACGAUCUCGACACCCAAUGCAUUAUCUCCCUCAAGGCUAAACCCGUAAUUUCAAACGGUAUCAGUCGCAUUGAAGAAGAUGAAGAACCUAUUGACCCUUCAAUUGGCCGGGCGUGUGUUUCGGAGCCGUGGCGGUUACCUUUGAUUGAUUCUUCGAGGAUAAUGCGGAGGGUGAAAGAAGAGUAUGGAAUUGGGGAAAAGGGUUUGGUUUGUUUGGGCGGGUUUAGGAAUGUGAGAGCGGUGUAUGAGUGGAGCGGGUUGAAAUUGGAGCUAGAUGAAACACAUUAUGAUUUUGGAAUGAAUUAUGAGAUUGAAUGUGAGAGUAGUGAUCCAGAAAAAGCUAAGGAUUUGCUGGAGGAGUUUUUGAAGAUUCAUGGUAUUGAAUAUUCCUACUCCAAUGUUUCUAAAUUUGCCAUUUUUCGCUCUAGAAAAUUGCCUCAGUAAGUAAUAGUAGUAGUAACAAUGUUGUCGCAGAUUAUACAUUCCUUUUCAACAUAGAUUCUUUCCUAAUUGAUUAUGAGUGUGGCAACUACUAUCACUAUACUAGUGAUGUUACCAAAAUUGGUUGUACUGAUUAUAUAUGGUAUUAGCCUCAAAUUAAAAUGGCAAUGUGGAAUGAAGAUGAAUAGGGAGGAUAGAA